AGAGCGAGGUGAGCGCGGACGUCAGAGUGGAGAGCGGAAGGUCAGGGAGGCUCAGAGCGGAAGUGAGACUAGGGAGCCUGUCCGCCAUUGUGGACCCGAGAAGCGGAGAGAGAGAGGGGAGGAGAGUGUGCAAGCGGAAGAGACGGGCGCCUUCCACCGACUCCCGAGCGCGAGGCCCUCUUUCUGGCUUCUUAGCGAGCGGCGGCGGCUGGAAGAGUCUCUCGGCCGAGGGCGGCAGCCAACUGCUGUGAGUGCACGGGGAGAGGCCCAGGCGGCGGCGGCGGCGGCGGUAGCAGCAGCAGCUCUCGGGUUGCGGUGAAGAAUGUCAGCCACUAGCGUGGAUCAGAGACCUAAAGGGCAAGGAAAUAAAGGAUUAGAGAAACAGUUCGUCUCGGCUAAGGCAGCCAAAUGCUGUCCGAAAGUUUGGUGGGAAAACAUGAUGCACAGAUCUGUUGACUUUCCUAACUUGAUGUAGUCAGGACCAGAGCAAAGAAUCACCUGGCUCCUAAGGCCCAUGUUCUAUCUUGAUUUGACUCUGCUUCAUAGAGCAGAGGAAACAGGCGAAGAAUCAUUUUCAGUACAAAACGGUUCGAUUCAUCAAAAAGAUGCUGUAAAUGAUGAUGAUUUUGAGCCAUACUUGAGUAGCCAGACAAAUCAGAAUAACAGCUAUCCACCAAUGUCAGAUCCAUACAUGCCUAGUUACUAUGCUCCAUCCAUUGGAUUUCCAUAUUCUCUUGGGGAAGCAGCAUGGUCCACAGCUGGAGACCAACCUAUGCCAUAUCUGACAACCUAUGGACAAAUGAGUAAUGGAGAACAUCAUUAUAUACCAGAUGGUGUGUUUAGUCAACCUGGGGCAUUAGGAAAUACCCCUCCAUUUCUUGGUCAACAUGGAUUUAACUUUUUUCCUGGUAAUGCUGAUUUCUCUACAUGGGGGACAAGUGGAUCUCAGGGACAAUCAACACAAAGUUCUGCUUAUAGUAGCAGUUACGGCUAUCCACCUAGUUCUCUUGGGAGAGCUAUUACUGAUGGACAGGCUGGAUUUGGCAAUGAUACUUUGAGUAAGGUGCCUGGCGUUAGCAGUAUUGAGCAAGGCAUGACUGGACUGAAAAUUGGUGGUGACCUGACAGCCGCAGUGACAAAAACUGUAGGAACAGCUUUGAGCAGCAGUGGUAUGACUAGCAUUGCAGCCAAUAGUGUGCCGCCCGUUAGCAGUGCAGCGCCUAAGCCAACCUCCUGGGCUGCCAUUGCCAGAAAACCUGCCAAACCUCAACCGAAACUCAAACCCAAGGGCAGCGUGGGGAUCGGGGGCUCCGCCGUGCCACCACCUCCUAUAAAACACAACAUGAAUAUUGGAACUUGGGAUGAAAAGGGGUCAGUGGUAAAGGCUCCAGCAGCCCAACCAGUUCUGCCUCCUCAGACUCUAGUCCAGCAGCCUCAGCCGUUAAUUCAGCCACCACCAUUGGUGCAAGGCCAGCUGCCCCCGCCGCAGCCGCAGCCACAGCCGGGAGCGCAGCCGCAGGCCCAGCCUCACCAAGCACAGCCGCAGCCGCAGCCGCAGCCGCUGCAGAAUCGCUGGCUCGCUCCUCGGAACAGGGGGGCGGGCUUCCACCAGAACAGUGGAGGGGGAGGUGAAAACUUUGGUUUAGGUGUUGUUCCUGCCAGUGCUUCACCUUCAAGUGUAGAAGUGCAUCCAGUGCUGGAAAAGCUAAAGGCCAUAAACAACUACAAUCCCAAAGACUUUGACUGGAACCUGAAGAACGGACGGGUGUUUAUAAUUAAAAGCUAUUCUGAGGAUGACAUUCACCGUUCCAUUAAGUACUCUAUCUGGUGUAGUACUGAGCAUGGUAAUAAGCGUUUGGAUGCCGCUUACCGUUCCCUGAAUGGGAAGGGCCCACUCUAUUUGCUCUUCAGCGUGAAUGGCAGUGGACAUUUUUGUGGAGUGGCUGAGAUGAAGUCUGUUGUGGACUAUAACGCGUAUGCCGGUGUCUGGUCUCAGGAUAAGUGGAAGGGCAAAUUUGAAGUUAAAUGGAUCUUUGUCAAAGAUGUUCCCAAUAACCAGUUACGGCAUAUUCGCUUAGAAAAUAAUGACAACAAACCAGUUACCAAUUCAAGGGACACCCAAGAGGUACCCCUAGAAAAAGCUAAGCAAGUGCUUAAAAUAAUUGCUACUUUCAAGCACACCACCUCAAUCUUUGAUGACUUUGCACAUUAUGAAAAGCGUCAAGAAGAGGAGGAAGCCAUGCGUAGGGAGAGAAAUAGAAACAAACAAUAACCAUAUGAAGAUGUCCUGUUAGAAUUAUACAACACUAAUGAUGUAGACUCUGGAAAUGCCUAAUAAGUCAAAGUAGACGUUAUUAAAGCUUUUUUCUGCUUAAGGUGACAUCUUUGAACUCUUAACACAGAACUGACUCUCCUUGUAAUGGUUUUCAUCAGCGCGUCUGCCCUUAUACUCUCACCAAACACACUUGAGAACUGUAACUUCGUCAAGCACUUUCUGUCCUGAAGCUUUUACCAGUAUCUGCUGUCUUUUGUAAUUAUGCAUCCUAGCUAAGGCACAGAAGACUGAAUGAAUGCAAGGAUUCAUUAACUCUUUGAAUUUGUUAAAUACUAACAGUUAACCAUUAGAAGUGGUUCAAUGAUGUAAGAGUCACACUGCUUCAACUUUUUCUUUGUUGUAGUUUUUAAAUGGUCAAUUUUUAGCUAUUUGACAGAUUAAAAGCAAAAUAAUCAUGCCAUAUUUAGUCCUGGAGUUCAAGUCUAAAUGUUUAUGUGAAAAUUAUUGUAGUAAACUUUUAAUAUGGCAAAGCAACCUUAUGCUCUAUUUUAGCCAAAUGAAACAUAAUCUGAGAUUAUAUUAGAACAUUUCCCUUGUCUUCAAACUGUUUGGUGUAACAGAAUAUUGAUAUGCAGCUUGGUGGAUUUCACCAGUUAAUGCACAUUCUUCUCCCCUCCUUCCCCCAAUAAUAUGUAUACUGAAAAAUGUGCAUUUGUCUGAGGAAUUAUUUUGUUUGCUACCACUUAAUGAAUCUCAAAAUUUUGAGUAAUGUACCUCAGUCUAAUCAGACUUUUUAUGACCUUUAUAACUACAUUUAAAACCCUUAAUUCCUAUUUCUGGGUGUUUGCGAGCCUGAUUGCUAUCAUGAAGUAAAAAAUUUAUUACUCUAGGUAUUCACUAGCUAAAUAAACAUAGUUCUUGUUUAGCAAGCAUAUAUUGUUCCUCAACUCCUUUCUCCAGCUUUUGCAGUGUCCUGGCAUCCUUAAAAUAUUUGAAAAUAUGGCCUUGAUCCAUGGAUUAAAUCAGUAUCUAAGUGAAUGUGUUGAUGUUUUAUUGAUCAGAUCUAUAUAAAUGGGAAUACAGCAUAUAUCUGGGUAUUCUUAUAGUUAUCUUUUUAACAUCUUAUUUUUUUCGUUAAUUACAUAUCAACAUUAAUUUUGUAUCUUGAAACAAAUUGAUUUUGUAUAAUUAUGUGUCAGACAUCUGUAUUAACUGAUCUGAUGGCACAUGGUUAUGAAAUAAUGUACUGCCCCUUAUAUUACUGUUCCAAAAGGAGAAAGCUAUGUAGAAAGAUAUGUUAAGGAUGAAAAUAGCAAUACAGUAGAUUUGAGUACCUUGAUGUUUUGCAUUUACUCCACUUAUGUUUACAUCAUGUUUAGAAAUGUUUUCAUUUACUAUGGUCUUUGGUCACUUCGAUUCAAAAUUUAGUGACAGAUAUUUCUUUGAGGCUUUCAUUUGUGUGAUUUUUUUUUUUGUACAAUGUUUUCUUAAAAUGUACAAAUACUGUAUUCAAGCGAAAACCAAUACAGUAUUUGUAGCUAAAUUGUAGCUACUUCACA